CCUUGAGCAAUAUAUUGCAAGGAAGAAUCCAUUGCAUCGGGGUCACGCGUUCAUUCGGACCCAUGUAGAUGCAUUCGAGGUGCCUGGUUUGAGCAGACGGCAUCUAUGUCUGGUGUAUGAACCUAUGAGGGAGCCGAUUUGGCAGCUUCGACAACGAUUUCCUGGUGGGAGGUUUCCUCCCUCCCUCGUGAAGGCGUAUAUCUUUAUUCUGCUUCAUGGACUGGACUAUCUGCAUUCAGAGUGCGGAGUGGUGCAUACCGACCUGAAGCUCGAAAAUAUUCUUGUGAGCUGCGAGAAUCCUGCGGCUAUCAAGCAGUUUGCUGAGAAGCAAAUGAAAUGUGGUAUGCAAAGAAAGAUCGACUCAACUGGCCGCGCUGUAUAUCUGUCUGUAGGGGACUUUGGGCCACUCAACAUUAGCGCCUUACGUCUCCUUGUUCCUACCAUCACAGAUUUUGGACAUGCACAGCGGGUGACGUCCGGCGUUUCUGGCUUUGCUGCUAUACAACCGGACCAGUACCGCGCUCCUGAGGUUAUCUUAGGCUGUGGCUGGACGUACAGCGCAGACAUAUGGAAUGUCGGUCUUCUGAUGUGGAAUCUCCUAGAAGGCAAAGACUUGUUCAGCCAAGUACACGAUGAUCAAGGGCGUUAUAGCAGCUGGAUACAUCUUGCCGAAAUGGUUGCCGUAUUAGGUCCGCCGCCACGACGAGUACUGGACCUCUCAACUGAACGGCUGAACUAUAGGUGGCAGCAACCUAUUGAGAAUCCAGAAGGAGAGCUUUGCUAUAGACCACGAGAGUACUUUGGAGGGCCCUUCUUUAAUAGAAAAGGUGCUUUUUUGAACAAAAAGCUCAUCCCAAACCGCAAACUGGAGGACACGCUCCCGUCGCUGUCAGCGGAAGAGAGUGCCGUUUUCUUGAAGUUUGCGCGGUGUAUGCUGCGAUGGGCGCUUGACGAGAGGAAAACCGCAAGACAGCUGUUGACUGAUCCUUUCUUCGAUGGACUAUGCGAGGAAUGAUAUUAUUAUUAUUAAAUAGUGGUGUUUUUUCUGGUUUUAAGGCGCGAUGUUCCAUAACCAGACUUACCACAGGCUAGAGUCGGUAGAAUAUAUAUAGACUCAUUUUGUAUCAUCGGGUUUCGUC